UUUUUUUUUUACGACUAUCUCUACCUGCCUCUUUUAUAUAUUUAUAUAUAUAUACUAUUGAGCCUGCCUUUCCCCAUCAGCUGCAAGAAAAGAAAGAUUGAAUGGCGGCAUAUCAAGCGCUGAAGCAGCGUCAGUUCAGGGUAGAACCUUCCGAUCAAGAUGACCAUCAUCAGCAGCAUCAUCUAAAAUAUGCUACUUCAUCAUUACCCAUCAAGACUAGCAAAUAUGAUCAAUAUGGAGCUCCACCGACGAAAAUCCAUUCGUCAUUUUCAUCCAACAGGAUCAUCUUCCGUGCCUGGGCUAUCUUCCUGAGCUUUCUUGCUGCUAUAGUCUUGAUCAUGUAUCAGAUUCAUUACGCUCUUCCCACACCUGUUCAUGAGUCCGUAAACCCGAUAACGGGCCAAGUGCAGUUCUCAGAGACCAAUGUCCGGAAAGUAGUAAGACAUCUUUCAGAAGACAUUGGUUAUCGUGUGGUCGGAACAGAACAAGAGUUGGACACAAAGAAUUAUUUGAUCAAAGAGCUCUUGCAGUUGAAAGAGGACGCCCAUAUCGCAAAUCUGAAAAGACAACAACAACCAUUACAGCCAAAGGGAGUUGGUACGAAUGGAGCAUCUCAGGACCUGGAGCAACCUUGGCCUAAAUUUGAUAUGUGGGUCCAAGUCGGAGAUGGUUCUCAUCGGUUUGACUUUAUGUCCAAAGUUGUCAUGAAGAUGUAUACCAACAUGACCAACAUCAUCGUCAGACUCUCAUGUGGACCUGAAUGUGAUCAGAAUUCAAUCUUGCUCAACUCGCACUACGACACUACGUUGGGAUCACCAGGUGCUGUUGAUGAUGCCCUUGGUGUUGGUGUCAUGAUGGAAAUCAUCCGUGUGAUGUCCCAGCGACCCGCUCCAAAGAAGAACAGUAUUGUUUUUUUGUUCAACGGAGGUGAAGAGUCAUUACAGGAUGCAUCCCACUCGUUCAUCACUGCACAUGAACUUAAGGAUCAAGUGAGAGCUGUAGUUAAUCUGGAGGCCUGCGGAACUUCCGGGCCUGAAAUCCUCUUCCAAGCCAAUUCACGCACAAUGAUCGAUGCCUACAGAACUGUCCCAUAUCCCCAUGGCACCGUCCUUGCCAAUGAUCUAUUUGCGACUGGGCUCAUUCUCUCUGACACAGACUUCCGUCAGUUCGUGGAUCAUGGAAACUUAACAGGACUUGAUAUGGCAGUCUAUAAGAACAGCUACCUUUACCAUACUCACUUGGAUCUGGACUCGUACAUGGAAACAGGUCUACCCCAGCACAUGGGUGAGAAUACCCUGGCAUUGGCUACUUAUUUGACUGAGGAGGCAGAGCUCAUCAAUUUGGAAAAGACCAGCAGUGUGGUCUUCUUUGACUUCUUCGGCCAGUUCUUUGUCUCAUAUUCUUGGUCGACUGCAUUACAGAUUCAUAUUGUCGUUGGAGGACUCGCAUUAUUGGCCAUGGCCACUCAAGCCUCGCGCCCAACCCUGCGUGCGACUGUCUCUAUCCUCUUCUCGUUUAUGGCGGCUCUGAUCCUUCCUAACCUGUCAGUGAUCUUCCUGUUGUCACUGGGCAAACCCAUGCAAUGGUUCUCGCACGAGUGGCUAUCCUGUCUUUUGUUUGGACCUAUUGCUCUUGUUGGCAUGUUCUCGGUCCAGUACCUCUUCCAUGAUAAAAAAGCGAGCACAGGUGCGAACGAACUGAGCACGUUCUCUGCGGUGCAUGCGUUCUACACCAUUUGCUUGGGCCUUGCUUCGUAUACAGGACUCGCCUCCAGCUACGUCUUUGCGCUCUAUUCGAUCAGCUCAACUCUAGGCCUAUUCUUCAACAAGUUCCGCAUUGCUGAAGCCAAGAAGGAUGGUGUAGAGUCUGCACGCGUGGAUUAUAUGACCUACUUUGUUGCCUCGUUGUUGCCUACAGCCUAUUUUUCGUUUGUCUGCUUCAGCUUGUUGGAUAUUUUCAUCCCUCUGACUGGUCGCAUUGGUGUAGAUGCCCCCGUGGAUAAUAUUGUUGCAGUCCUGACUGGCUUUAUUAUAUUUGUGUUCUGUCCUCCCAUCAUGGCAUUCACCCAUCGGUUCGGAGCCUCAAUGUUGCGCAAGAUGAUUGUCCUGUUGCUUGUGGCCCAUUUGGCGAUCUUGUUGAUCACAUCCAUGUUCAUCUCACCCUAUAAUGAACUUCAUCCAAAACGUGUCUUUGCUCAGCACCUGAAGAACUUGACUUCUGGAGAAUCGAUGAUGUAUAUUGCGCACGCAGAUCCAGGUCCCUUUUAUGAUCCCUAUGUGACUGAGCUCGAGGAAAUGUUUUCAACCAAGGCUGUCUUCCGCAGCCCCAACAACAACCCUGGAGACUGGAAUGCCAUCUAUCCAUUCAACCAAUUCUUGGAAUCUUAUGUGAUCGACACGACACCCUAUAUCAAGACCCAGACUCAAAACAAGACGAUUGCCAACACAGAUAGACCAUUGACCGACUUUGUCCAUCAGGCGCCUCAGCUCAUUGCCGAGAAGGUUUCGUAUGAUCCCAAGACGGGUCAUCGUAGGUUGACGGUGUUAUGUACCCAUCCAAAUUAUAUCUGGACUGUGGCCAGCUUUGAUACACAUUUGGUAUCAUGGUCAUUAUCGUCGUCGGAUCCAUUUCCCUAUCAUUCUCAUUAUGUGAUUCGACAUGUGGGUGGUCAUGUUAGUGACGGAUGGAAGUUGGACCUGGAAUACAAAGCCAAAGGACCGGAUGACAAGUUGAUGAUUGAGUUGACAGCAAUGGAGACUGAGGGAUUUGGAAGAGACCAGGAAAGAGAACUGAUUGGAAGCGGCGAUAUUGGUGUUAUGCGCAAGGUCUUGAAGACGCGACCAGCAUGGUUGGCGCUGACGUAUUUUGGCACAACCGUGAGUCGGUUCCAUCUGUAGAGGAAGAG